AUGAGUUGGGUGGCUCUGUACGCCCAGCUGGGCGGGGUGAACAAACACUCCACCAGCCUGGGGAAGAUCUGGCUGUCUGUUCUCUUCCUCUUCCGUAUCACCAUCCUGGUACUGGCUGCAGAGAGCGUGUGGGGAGACGAGCAGGCUGGCUUCACCUGCAACACCCAGCAGCCUGGCUGCAAGAACGUCUGCUACGACCACUUCUUCCCAGUGUCACACAUCCGCCUCUGGUGCCUACAGCUGAUCUUCGUGUCCACGCCGGCCCUGCUGGUGGCCAUGCAUGUGGCUUACAGGAAGAGUGGGGACAAGAGGCAAAUCAUCGCCACGGCCUCACGAAGUGGUGGUGAUGACAAGACCAGGCAGGUGGACCUGGAGACCCUAAAGAGGAGGCGUCUGCCCAUCACUGGGCCUCUGUGGUGGACCUACACCUGCAGCCUGUUCUUCCGCCUCAUCUUUGAGGCUGGCUUCAUGUACGCACUCUACUUUGUCUACGACGGCUUCCAGAUGCCUCGUCUGGUGAAGUGUGAGCAAUGGCCCUGCCCCAAUAAGGUGGACUGCUUCAUUUCACGACCCACGGAGAAGACCAUAUUCACCAUCUUCAUGGUGGUCUCAUCGUCUGUCUGCAUGGUGCUCAACGUUGCCGAGCUGGCCUACCUCAUCGCCAAGGCCCUGAUGAGGUGCUCCGCCAGGAUGUCCAAGAAGAACCGUGCCUACGCUCACCCUGAUCACGUGACCCUGGACAAGUCUCUACUACAGAAUAAAAAGAAUGAGAUUCUGCUGUCCUCUGUUUCCGAUUCCUCCAGCAACAAGACUGUGUGAGGACAGCACAGUGCCUGUUCUUCUCCAUUAGAGACUGCAGAGAACUAGGGAGUAGAAAUCUAUCAAUAUUUUGUUACCAUGAGAUGAGACCAUACUUUUAUUCUGGAAUGCAUGUAGCAGCUGAGGACCAGCCUAAUCCUGAGUCUGUUGAUGUAGAGGAUAUUUCUCUCUGUGCCCUACACUACUUUUAGAGUUGUAAAAGUUUAAUGUGUUAGAAUUGAUGUAUUAUUGUUAUUGAUAUCAAUUUUUUUUUUUUUUUACAUUUUAGCAGACACUCUUAUCCAGAGCGACUUACAGUUAGUGAGUGCAUACAUUAUUAUUAUUUAUUUUCUAUUUUUAUUUUUUUCAUACCCCCCGUGGGAAUUGAACCCACAACCCUGGCCUUGCAAACGCCAUGCUCUACCAACUGAGCUACAUCUCCUGCCGGCCAUUCCCUCCCCUACCCUAGACGACGCUGGGCCAAUUGUGCGCCGCCACUUUUGUCUCCCGGUCGCGGCCGGCCAAGACAGAGCCUGUAUUCGAACCAGGAUCUCUAGUGGCACAGCUAGCACUGCGAUGCAGUGCCUUAGACCACUGCCACUCGGGAGGCCGAAUUUAAGGUGCUUGUAUGUUUGCGCUGUAUGUCUGUUCAGGGAGUGGGAAGUUGACCAGAAGGGAAAAAUGGGCCUAGAGUACCACCUUCUGGUUUACAAUGAGUUUGCAGGAGUUUGAUGUUUUUAUUGUGGAGAGCAACCAGAAUUGGUUUACAUUACUUGUUCAGCUUUUGUGGGAGACUUUACCAAAGCAGAAACUCACAAAUGUGCAGUAUAGCUCCAAGUUCUAAUUGAGGCUCACCUGUACACAUCGCUGCCUGCAUUCUAACAGCGACCAGUGACAUUUCUCGAGUACUAAAGCAAUUUUAAAAUGCAGUGCCUUGAGAGUCACUAUCAGCAGUGUCAAAUAGUGUAUAUGUAAUACAUGAUGCUGUAUAUUGAGCACAAUGUUUUCAGGAAAGAUGGCUGAUGCAGUUGAACAUUCUGGGCAGGUUUCCUGGACCCAGAUGAAGCCUAUUCCUGGACUAGAAAGCAUGCUCAAUUAGGAAUAUCCAUUGGAAAGUGCUUUUUGGUCCAAGAGUAGUCUUAAGCUGGGUCCUGGAAACUGGCCCUCUGAGCAUUAUGCCAACUGUGACAGACACGGCCUAUUGUUGUCAAGACUGGUGGUAAACCUGGCUACAGAGCCUAAAAAGGUGUAUCGUCUUUCAGCUUGUUCCAUAUUUUAGCCACUGAACUAAUCACUGCACCUCUUUCAACGUGAGUAAGCAGGCUGAUCUACAGGCAAAAAUGGCUUAAUGUGCUCUGUCCAAAAAUACAUGUAGAGGUUGGACCACCAUAACUUGUAUCACUGUAGUGACAAUCUGACUGUUACCUGUGAAGAGGUAAGGACUUUCCCUCGAUCUUCAGUUGUAGAGGCGCUAUUUGUAUUUUUAUAUUGUGAUUAUUUCUGUUUUUAUUUUGUGACUGUUUGGAGGAAAUGCCAAAGGAGUUAGGACAUAUCUAUUAGCUUUCUAACUUAAUGUUUUUUGAAAAAUGAAGGAUGUUUGAUUUGUAUUUUUGUAUUAAAUAUCUGCACUUUGACCCCCAGUCUUGAGACUGUUUAAUAAUAAAAAAAGAAAGAUACUUAUUGCUUUCAUACUAUUGGACUAUUGGUUGUAAUAACAAUGAUUGAUUGCAUGUGCAUCAACCUCAGUCACUGGGAUGCACUUCUCUGGACAACCAAGAGAGGGCAGGAGGUUAUAGAAAUGGGUUUUGGGGUGGAUGACUUGAUUUGCAGUCUAACUUUUGAAAGCCAUAUAUGACAAGUAAGUUCAUUGUAUUAUAGUGAGGUGUAGAAUCAUAAAUACCUAAAUCACAUCAAUCUUUUAUUUGACAGGCCUAUGUUCUCUCCAGCAUUCCAAAUGAACUAUUUCUCACAGGUGGGUUACUGUAUAGGCCUACUGUAUUGUCAAAAUGGCCAAAUUCAGCCACUAUAGUAGGCCAAAGGUCAGAUGUAAAAGAAUGAACGCAGAACCCACUUUUCCAGGAUGACAUACACCCCCAGACUGCAUAGCCUAGUUGAAACUUGACUGAUUCGUUUUUAAAAAAAAGUUUACAGGGGCGUGGCGUGCAUUGGUCCAUGGUGAUGACUUUCUGAAUUCACUCAUGCAUGGUCACACAAUGUGACAGUCGCGAUGGCUGGGAACCGGAGGGAGCUGCGCUUCGCGGACACCCAUCUCCAAGUUAAAUUCGUCUCGAAAAGCUAACUUUUCUUGCGCAAGUUUGGCGGCGAAUCCACGUGUAAAGAAGUUUGUGCAUGAUUAUCUUGGCCUGGCUGCGUUUAAAAGAGUUUGGUAAGCUGGCAGGGCUGGCAGAAUUUGGGGACAGGGGAGAGGGGAGGGCACCAGCUUCCUUGGGAGGUCUGUAGGCUAUCCAACGCACUCAAAAUAUGGCACCAAUGGCACACGGAUAUUGCUUUCGAUAUUUAAGUUGGGCUUCCUCAGUUUAAGGUAUGAUUGAAAUUAGGUGUGAAUAUCUUUCCCGGCACUGUCGUCCUAGACCGUGAUGCUGGUAACUCAAUAUCAAUGCACAUUUUAUUUAAUGACAAUUUCAAUGUUGAGUGGGCCUAUUUAAUUCUUAUAAAUUACAGUAGUAACCGUCUAUUAUAAUCAGGUUUACAUUAUAGGAUAACAAAGGGAUGCUUAAAAAGAGCCAGUGGACACAAAGCCUAUCUGGCAUCCUCUGUGUUGUCGGCUUGUGUGAGGCAGCACACAUUGUAGGUUACUGCAGGCUAUCUGAACUUGAUCAAAUUAAUCAAUAUGACUUAUUUAAUGUAAAACAAACCUUUAUAAAACAUCUGAUAUUCAAUGUAUUCGAUUUGUAUAAACUGAUUAGACAUUUUCUGGACUGAUACACGUGUUUAGACAAAAAAAAAAGAUCAUGCAGCGUUCCAACCUUAUCAGAUAUGGUAUUCUAAUAAUGUAGUCCUUAUACUAGCCUAAUAAUAGCAGUGAUAAUGCAAAUACAUUAAACAUAUACAUUUUAAAGCAUUCUGUAUUAUUUUAUACAGUCAUUUAUGUAUCCCAUAGCCCAGAUGACUUCAAUAGUUAGUUAGUAUUUCCCUUGAUCAGCACUUCCAAUUCUGAUGAGACCAGCAUUAAUUUGGGGUGGGUCAUCAUCAGGUCCAUCGAACAACACUUUUGGUAUCGAUUUAUCUGAAGUUGUAGCCCUUUUAAUAUGUGUAGGUCUAUAAUGUUAGCGCUUCUUAAUAUAUAUUUCAUAUGUAUUUGCUGUGAACUAUAUAGGCCUAUAUAUAUAUAUUUUAUUUUUUAUUUUUUUUAACAAUAUUUUAAUAAGGAUACAAACUAUGGGGUGGCCUAUUGAUAAGGAGAGAGAAAUAGGUGAACAUUUUUAUUUGCAUAUAAAUUAUUUGUCACAAUGCCUGUCUUUCCAAUCUAAUUAACAUCCUAAUUCAUGACGCCAUACUAGUUAUGAAUCAGAUUAUGGUAAUGUAACUUCAAUAAGAGUGAAAAAAUACUAGUAAACCAAAGAAUACCCAUCAUUAAACAAAAUAAUAUUUUUAUGUGCCAGUCUGCUUAAAUCUAAGUGAAUAGGAUUCUUUUUAGUUUGGGUUUGAUGGAAAUACAUUAAUGGACGAAUAUGUUAAUUAAUGUAUCAUUUUUUUCGUUACAGGUGUCAUAUAUAUUCUGAACCCUAGUCGAUGGAUUUAUUACCCUCAAUACAAAAACAUUUGAGUAAGUUCCAACUAUUUUAUGUUUCUGCUUGUGUUUUGCUUUUGGUGUGAAUAGUAUAUUGAUAGGCAUCUAUCUACUGGCAAAUUCAUGUGAACAACGCUAACCAAGCGCUAUAUAUCGAUAACAAGGGGCAGGAGGCCUAUUUGUCUUCAUGCUCCUGUAUUCAACAGUGUUUCGUGUGACUAGGGCUGGCGAAUGUUGUGCAAUGCCUUAGUUUCAAACAUAUAUUCAGAGGUUAGUUAAAAAUCUUUCUAAAAGCUUGUUUUUGACCAUCACAUAUGGGAAAGUGUCAUCUGAUAAUUCUGUUUGGUUUAACUUAUGCCGCAUGACAGGAUACAUUAUUGCAUAGUUAAUAGCUUAGUCAAUGCAUGUAAUUGUGAGUAUGGUGUAUUUGCAUUUAUAGGCUGCAAUUUCUGAUACAAAUGACCAUUCAAUUGCCAUUAAAAGAGCACACAUUUUUCAGACUCAAACAUCAAAUGGCCUCUGCAUUGGUUAUUUUUCUCUCAUCCUUUUUUAACAAGUGAGUUACAGAUGUAUUAGAUUUAGCUAAUUAAUAAUUAAUAAUGAUCAUAAUGUUAAAGAGGCCUAUAGCUGCCUCCGUUCUCAAUGUAAAAGUCAUUCUGUACAUCAUAGGAUAUAAAAGGCUAUUAGAUGUUGAAGAUCGUAUGUUAUAUCUUUGGACUUGACCCCUAUGGCUCUGUUGGAUCUGUAACAGUGGGAGUUGUGUGUGUCAGAGCCUACACACCGCAGCCCAACCUCUGCUUGCUGCUGUUUUUGAACAUUAUAAUGUUGAUCUCAGCACAUGCCAUCUGGGCAGUGGAGCGAGCAGGUGAGAGAGCGAGAAAGAGAGAGAGUGUAUGGGAGUGCAUGUGUGUGUGAGUGUGUGUGUUUGACAGUAACUGAGAGAAAGAGUGGGAGAGAGAGAGAACAGGAGAGUGAAAGUGUUAGCAUAAAUGUCAGGUUCAUAGUUCUAAGCUAAAUAGUGAAAUAGGGGGCUUCACAAAAUUAUAUGGCAUUACAGAACAUUUCUAUACCGUUCACUUCCUUUGACCAAUUGAGACAAUUGAUUCAGCGGUUUACGUCAAUUACUUUUUCAAGGCCAUUUUAUGGAAUUCAUUUUAAUAAGUGCUUAAUGUGUUGUGCCAAUGUGAAGUGUGAUUAACCCUUUGUAUGUUUGUGGGUGACAAGAACUCUGCUUUCUCGCUCUAGGUGUGUAGUGCUUCUCUGUCCAUGUUUUUUUCGACUGCUGUUUAUACUUUAUGUUACACAGCAUCACUUUGACAGGUUUCCUGACAAUCUCUUUUUCCCCUCCUCCCUCUCUCCUCCCUCUGUACACUCCAGACUGUACUUUCUCCCUAGGCUAGAAAUCUUGAAGCAUGGGUGACUGGAGCUUUCUGGGGCGUCUGUUGGAGAAUGCACAGGAACACUCGACAGUAAUCGGCAAGGUCUGGCUGACUGUCCUCUUCAUCUUCAGGAUCCUGGUGCUGGGAGCGGCAGCCGAGGAUGUGUGGGGCGAUGAGCAGUCUGACUUCACCUGCAACACACAGCAGCCUGGCUGUGAGAACGUCUGCUAUGAUGAGGCUUUCCCCAUCUCACACAUUCGCUUCUGGGUGCUGCAGAUCAUCUUUGUGUCCACGCCAACACUCAUCUACCUGGGUCACGUACUGCACAUCGUCCGCAUGGAGGAGAAGCGGAAAGAGAAGGAGGAGGAGCUGCGAAAGGCCAUCAGACUCCAGGAGGAGAAAGAACUCCUUUACAACGGCGAAGGGGAUGCAGGUGGAGGAAGAGGAGGACGACGAGGAGGUGGUAAAAAGGAGAAGCCACCUAUCAGGGAUGAGCAUGGGAAGAUCCGCAUUAGGGGUGCCCUGCUGCGCACCUAUGUGUUCAACAUCAUAUUCAAGACCCUGUUUGAAGUGGGGUUCAUUUUAGGUCAAUAUUUUCUCUAUGGCUUCCAGCUGAGGCCGCUAUACAAGUGUGCACGGUGGCCCUGCCCCAACACUGUGGACUGCUUCAUAUCUAGGCCCACUGAAAAGUCAAUUUUCAUCAUAUUUAUGCUUGUGGUGGCUUGCUUGUCUCUUUUGCUGAAUUUGUUAGAGAUCUAUCACCUUGGGUGGAAGAAAGUUAAACAGGGAAUGGUCACCCCUGAUCAUGCAUUGCUGCCUCGCUCUGAUGGUGUGGGGCCUGAGUCCAUGACUUCAGCCUCCAGAACUGCCCUUCCCAACCUCAGCUACCCACCGAUGUACACGGACGUGACGGCUGGGAGCGGUGCGUUCCUGCCGCCCAUGGCAGAAGCCUCCCUGGCAGAGUUCAAGAUGGACCCACUGCAGGAGGAGCCCUCAUCCUCCUACUACAUGAGCAGCAACAACAACCACAGGCUGACCACUCAGCAGAACUGGGCCAACAUGGCCACCGAGGAGCAGACUCGGGAGAUGAAGGCCACCUCCUCCUCCUCCUCUCCCUCCUCAUCCUCCUCCUCCUCUGAUAGUGAGCAGCAGCCUCGUGACGCUGCUCCCCCCACCACCACCAGCAGCCCCAGCUCCAGUGGGGGCAGUUUGAGUGGGGGAAAUGUUGAUCAGGAGGGAGGCCACGUCACCACCACAGUGGAAAUGCACGAGCCCCCCGUUAUGGUCACAGACCCUCGCCGGCUCAGCAGGGCCAGCAAGAGCAGCAGCAUCAGAGCCAGGCCCAACGACUUGGCAGUAUAG